AUGGAUUCUUCCCGUCCCAUUGUACUCGACGUCCAGAGCGUCCAGGAGCUUGUACAGCAUGUGCUGGAGCAUCACGCUCCACCUUCGACUCUCAUCUUCUGCUCAACCAGAGAUGCGUUCUUGGAGUUGCUCAGUAAAGCGCCAGAGACAUUCGGCCAUCGAGAUGGCCUCGACAACUGGCUCUCAACUCCUGCACUGCGUCUGCUUACAACUUCACGGGCACUGAAAGUUGCCUUCUGUCCAGACAUUGCACACCUUCGCGCAUAUUUGGCGACCUACAGCAUUGCAGUGGCAGGGCGAGAAGGCAACACAGACAAACUCCAGGCAGGUAAUGCACAGCCAAUCCUCGCCAUGUGGAAUGCCAUCGAGCUUCAUCGACCGACUUCCGCCUUCUCCGCGCAAGGGCUUAACAGGACCUUCUCCAUCGCUGUGGAAGCUGCUCAUUUCACGAACAGCAAACUGAUUUUGGCUGAAUGCGGCUCUACUCCAUCAUCCAGCACAGCAGAAGCGUGCUCAUCUGCUCCUUGGGAUGAAGAGCUUUCCAUUCUCAACGUCACCACCAGAAGGCUCGGCGACAUCUCAGUUGGUCGAACAGUCAAAGUGCGAACCGUCGCCAGCCGAUGGUGCACCUUCGAGAAGAUGCCAAAGUCGACGACGCGCUGA